AUAUGUACAUAAGUAAUAGAAAAACUUGUUAUUACACCUGUAAAGCGUCGACCGAUGAAAUUGCAAAUCUCUCAAUUAUUGGUUCGAGAUAACGUCUUAUUUUCAUUUAUAAUUAUCAACGUUUCGGAACUGAAUUAUUAUCCGCAGAAUUAAAUUAGAUUGGUUUUGUGUGUUUGUAGGUUAUGGAACUUUACUAAGUUGGACGAUUUGUAUCAUUUAAGAUAACUUGAAAGAAUAUAUAUGUAUGAAGAUUAGAGGGGUUGAAGCUUUCAGAAAUAAAUAGACGAAAGAAGAAAAAAAUAACAAAACACGUGUUAUAAAACAAGUUGACAUUAAGGAAAGAGAAACACUUGUGUGUACGAAGAAAAGGGGCAAAACUUGUGUGAACGAAGGAAGAAAAAAGCAAUCAAACAUCCACUUGGAAGUUUGCUGCAAAAUGGCGGCUCCAGACUUGCUAGAUGUGAAAACCGACGCAGACUACAUCGCACUCCGACGUCGGAUGAGUCGACUUAGAGUAUCAACACAUAAACCUGUCGAUGACGAAGACGACGAUGACGAGCUGUCCGAUGAGAUGUUAAAAGACUUAAUAGUAUUCUGGAAGAAGAACAAUACAGAUAUUGCUAAACGAUUUGUGCAACAGAGAAAAGAAAGAAGAGCAAAAAAGAAAGCCACUUCCUUGGUACCAGGAUCUAUAGGAGAAAGGAGGAAGUCGAUUGAAUUCGAGGAUUUAGAUAUGACUAGACAUGGACUACGACUAAAAACACAUGAACCAUUACACAAGAAUAAAAGAAAGAUAAUGAACAUACCGGAAGUAGAUUGCACAGGAAGUGACGAAACUCUUUCAGUUCGGAGGCCGCUUAAGUCGGCAAACCAACAGAGAAUGGAUAUGAUAAUCCACAGAACUAGUUCAAAAACUAAUAUGUGUAAGGCUGAAGAAAAGAUCAUUAAAUCAAAACUUGCAACAUCGUUGUCAGUUCCAAAAGCGGAUUCUCCAACUGGAUUCAGACCUCGUGUAGGAUCAAGUUCAGACAAAUUUAGGAAUCGAACCGACUCAGGAUCGAGAAAAGACUUUAAAAAAAGCCUCGUAGUGGAGUCGGAUAGACCAAGAGCAGCUUCAGCAAAAUCCGUUCGAAAACAAACUGUCUCAGAAUCCGAAAGUUUCCGUCAAAGGUCAGAUUCAGGCUCGUCGAAGUCACCACCUGAAGCUAAAAAGCGGUACAGGAAUCCAGUCACAAAACAAGUAUCAAUGCCAAAAACAGCAACAUCAGCUCAUUGACAGAACGAUGACAAACUGUAUAAAUCAUAACGAGCAUUGAUGUGAUUGUUGUGCUGAAACACAUUUGAUUUGUUAUGAAAAUCGUGCAUUUUGGGCUCCUUGCUAUAUUUUAUUCUUUAAAUGUAAAUAAAUGUAUAUAUUGUUCUUCUAAUACCUAGACAAGACAC